GAAAUUUUUAAAAGGCGUUGCAGCAGCUGAUUAGUAAACAAAUUUUGACUUUGUUUAAGUUUCGUGCUAAACAAUGUAUAUAAAACUACUCUGUGUGCUUCUUUACGUCGGCAGCUGUUUGGCCAAUGUUGACGAUACAUCCGUAUUGCCCGAGGGCUUUGUGGAUGCCACCCAGCGAUCAACACACACCAAUAAUUGGGCCGUGCUGGUGGAUGCCUCCCGGUUUUGGUUCAAUUACCGGCAUGUUGCCAAUGUCUUGUCCAUUUAUCGUUCGGUGAAACGUCUGGGCAUACCAGAUUCUCAGAUUAUAUUAAUGAUUGCCGACGAUAUGGCCUGCAAUCCACGGAAUCCGCGUCCUGGCCAAGUUUACAAUAAUGCCAAUCAGCAUCUAAAUGUCUACGGCGAUGAUGUGGAGGUGGACUAUCGUGGCUACGAGGUGACUGUGGAGAAUUUUGUUCGUUUGCUAACAGGGCGCACACAGAAUGGAACCGCCCGCUCAAAGAAGUUGCUAUCAGAAGCCGGUAGCAAUGUCUUAAUCUAUCUAACUGGACAUGGUGGUGAUGGAUUCCUCAAAUUCCAAGACUCAGAGGAAAUCACUAGCCAAGAGUUGGCUGAUGGCAUACAACAAAUGUGGGAAAAGAAAAGAUACAAUGAGCUCUUCUUCAUGGUAGAUACCUGUCAGGCGGCAUCGCUGUACGAAAAGUUCACCUCGCCAAAUGUCUUGGCUGUGGCCAGCAGCUUGGUGGGCGAGGAUUCCUUAUCGCAUCAUGUUGAUCCCUCCAUUGGUGUUUAUAUGAUCGAUCGCUAUACGUUCUAUGCAUUGGAGUUUCUUGAAAAGGUUCAACCAUUCAGCAAGCGUACGAUUGGUGACUUUUUGCAAGUGUGUCCCAAACGUGUCUGCAUAUCGACUGUGGGAGUGAGAAAAGAUCUCUAUCGGCGCGAUCCUAACAAGGUACUCAUAACCGAUUUCUUUGGUGCCAUUCGUCCUACUCGUGUUUCCACCGAUCGCAUUAAUGUCACUCUAGCGAAUGAAGACGAUUUCAUUGUAAGCACUGCCGCCAGCAAGAAGCCAUCAUUCCGUAUUAUUAUUGAGCCACAAUUUCCAACAAAAUUUUUCCAAUUGAAAAAAUUGAGAUCCAUGUGAUAAUAUUAAUUUUUAUUCGUAAAUACAUUUCAUUUUCAUUAUUAAUACAUUGUGUAAUUUAUUAAAUUUUAUAUAAUGUGAUCUCGAA